CUUCGCGGAGACGAUCAUGCAGCCGGUGCUGGUGUCGUAUUCUGGCUCGCCGUUCUUUCUUUCUUCUCCGAGCUGGACCCAGAUACAGCAUGGUUUCAACUCACAGCUUCCUCUACGAAAUAUUCAUUGGAAGUCAGCAUCGAGGACGUCGCUCCGAACCAUACAGGAACUCAACGUAACUCUUGUAAAUCUGGACUCGAUUCGCGACGAACACACCUCUCAAGUACCUGUCAACUUGCUUGAAAAGCCGCUCUUGAAUAUAUAUAUCGUAAACUGUGAGGAUGCCGAUCUUGAAUCAUACCGAACCACUGUAAAGAAGCAGGUCAGAGACUGGCACGUUUCUGUCACCUCACGGAGGAAUCAAGAGUGGUUGAUCCUCCAAAUCGUCAAACCUGACGGGAAGGCGCCGACAGGAACUUUCCUGAAAUUGAAGGGUUCUGUUCUAGACAAACUGAGAGCUGAUUUCAAUGCGGACAAACGGGAGAGAUGCGUCCAAGUGUCCUGGUCAAGCACACAAGACAGCCCUAUCGCAUGGGGAGAGUUUCUCAAUAAACUUAAGGAUGGAAUCUCCUCUGCAUUUGACACCGCCGUGUUGCAGAAGGAAGACGACGUCAAACGAUCAGAAGGCCAACGUUUGAUGCCGGGAUGGAAUUUCUGUACCUUCUUCAUACUCAAGGAAAGUCUUGCUAGUUCCUUCGAGGGAAUGAAUCUAGUCUCCGAAGCAUUAGUGCAGUACGAUGAGCUCGAAGCCUCGUUCUACCAGGUGCUGAAGGAGAAGAAUCUAUCAUGGUUUGGAACUCUGAUAACGCCAGGACCUAAAGAUGAUUCGAGUCCUCUUUUGUCCAUCUCCAAGAAGCCAUAUCGCGAUCUCAUUCUUGCCAACACAAUAUCUGUCUUUGACUUUCGAACGUAUCUUCUUACUCGUCAAUGUGAAUUACUGGCCAAGUAUGGCCGUCUUCCUGAAGUCUGUCGAAGGGUAGGAGCGUUUCUCGGCGCUUUUGGCCGGCGGUUGAGGGAGAUUGAGGAAACUCUUCCGCUCCAUUUUGUGGAGUCUUGGAUCUAUUCGUCUGCCCUCAGCGUUGUGGAGAAAUGUGAUGCUUGGCAUUCCAGCUUAAAAGUCGACCAAAAGAAGCUCGCUUCAUUUUACGCUGGUAAAGGUGAGCUUCUUGAACUUGCACGAAGCCAAUUGGAUACACUUGGCAUGAAGACCCAGCAUCUGCCUUGUCGCGCGCCUUUUUCUGGCGUGUCCGAUGUAUCAGCAAAGUUGACCAAGACGUCGUCAUCACAGAUGAUUAGCAAUGACCGUUUACUGAAGGCUCUAGAAGACAAGGAAGCCUUUUACGACCUCUAUAUCAACAUCACCAAUCGCGCCAUUGACAUGUAUGCUAAAGCAGGUCGCCGAAAGUUCGCCCUCAAAUUGCACGGAAGUCUAGCUGCCCUCGACGUCCAUCGGGGACGGCUGUCGACGGCAUUGACAACAUACACGUCCCUACCCGCACAUUACGCGCCACAUAAAUGGACGUCACUACAAUCUCUGAUGCUGUCCCGUGCUUUAGACAUCCACGAGUCCCUUGAGAAGCCCAAAGACAGAGAAUGGAUGCACAUCCUUCUUUCCUCCCUUUCCAUAUAUAUUGAAAGUGGCGCUGAGCUGCUUCUGUGUGAACAGAAUGCGCAAGUGUACGUCAGUCGGCUAGUUGGGGAGCUGAAGAAUGCUGCGUCUGAGCUUGAUCAAGAUCUCGUACAUACAGACCUUGCAGCGGUUACGGUUCAUGCACCUUCAGAUGCUCGGCCGGCCUCGGGUAGGGAUGGGUACGUUUUGGAUGUGAUGGUACAAAAUCAUCUACCCUGUGAUUUGCCGGUUGACGAAGUGUGCAUAGUUUUGUACGGGGCGGACGCAUGCCGACUCAAGUUUACUGUCCCGUGCGAGUCACUACCGGCUGGAAAAACGACUGUGACUCUAUUUUGUCCUACGCCGCUCUCUGGGACAUAUCUCCUAGAUACGAGCGAAGUAAGAGUAUCCCGGCUCGUUUUUCAACAGACGCAUCGAAAGCCAGUCAAAGUUGCGAAAUCCUCCAAGGACAAGGGGAUUCUCAUACGUCUCCCGCGAGACCCGCUAGCAAUGAAUGUUCGGGUCAGCUUACCCAGACUCAUCGUUCUCGGGAGUCCUUCCAUUGUGAUCAAUGUGCUCACAGGACGAAAUGAAAUUGUCUCGAUGACGAUCCGUCUGUCGUCGCCAUCUGCGACGUUUCAGCGCAAGAAUAUUUCUUUGGAAUCAGGUGUCGGUGAAAUGACGGGUGGUGAUGACGGAGUCAUUAUGCUCUCAGGGAUAGGGAGGGGCGAGAGUGUAUCUGUUUCUGUGCCUCAUUCCGAGGUAUCAGGGGCGUAUGGGAUGAAGGUGCAUCUCCAAGUCGAGUACGUUACAAAGGCGGAGCCAACGAUCAGCCGUGUCAUCUCCGUGGUAAGGAGCGUCCAGGUAACGCACCCCAUUGUCGUCAACGUUGAGGAUUUCUUUCGGGGGACACGACUUUUCACGAAAUUCACCAUCUCGACGGCGAGCCAUCAACACGUGCGUAUCGCGCGAGUUGAAUUGGACCCGUCAGAUGCGGGUGUAAAGGUGGUCUCGUGUGGGGUUGGAUCUCGAGUCAUUACGGUGACGCCUGCUCAAUGUGCGCAUUUUUUGUUCUGCAUUGAUGGUACUGAUGGCCCUGGUACGUACGUACGCAUGCGGGUUCUGGAACAAGUGAUAUUAAAGAGUCUAGUUCGAGAGCCGAUGAGACUGCGCGUCAGGUUUCGGAUGCUGCGGGAGGAGGUGGAAAAGGUGAUUGAAGAGGCGACGAGUGACAUUGUGGUUGUUGAUCAGGUGGUGCGGGCACUGGAGAGAGACGGUGGGUGGGUAGAGCGGUACAGUUUGACUGGGGAGCUUGAUGUUCCUGAAGGAGAGGAAAUUGGGAGCAAGCUGAGAGAGGAAUUGAGCACUCGGAGAGCUCUUGGGCCUGAUUCGGGUUCUUGGCGAGAAAUGCAGAUACCGGUGGAUGUGCCGUCGAUGAAUAUUGUUGCGGCGGUGAGGAUCAAGCUUUCGGGGCAGUCGUGCUGGUAUGCUGGACAGCCUAUUUCUGCGGUGCUAUCGAUCGAGACGUCGUUCCACUGGGAUGCGAGUGGAGAAAAGGAUGCGGAGUACAGGAUGCGGUACGAUGUGGAAGAGUUGGUAAGGGACUGGCUGGUGAGCGGACGGAAAAGGGGGGAUUUCAGUGCCUCUCACAAUGGGACGUAUUCUGUGGGAUUAACGAUGAUUGCAGUUCACCAUGGGGAGCUGAUGUUGCCCAAGGUGUCUGUGUGGGCGGAGGGAAUACAGAGCACCGAAACAUACCAGAUAAAUGGGGCGGAAAAGGUGUUGGUGCAGCCUCGGGGUGGACGGACGACGUUUAUUACUGAUAUGUGUUGAUUACAGAUGUAAUGUAUGCUAUGUAAAUUGACGGAUGUAGGCGACGAGACGGUCUGUCUGUUCUUCUGUAAUGGCGUUGUAGAGGGAUACACGAAUGCC